AUGCGAUAUUGCGGAGGAUAUCAAUUCACUCGCCCUUACCGUAACCCAUAAUCUCAUCCAACGCAUCAAUUUAGACCUGAAGAAAGUGGGGUUUUUGGAGGUACUUUGCCGCAUAUUAUAAAGUUUUUUCAACUGAGAGUAACAUAAAGUUGAAAUUAAUCCGUGCCCCUCAAAACUUUAACAUCCCCCGCCUAAAAUGGCAUGCUCUGGCAUAUCUUUAGGAACACUUCUUCAUUGUAUUCUUAACUGUUUGUCUGUUGUGUCGCGUCUGCUCUUGAACUAGAUGGUUUGGCAGCUGAGCGUAAUUGGCAAAAUGAUCUCUGCCUGGAGAUUUUCUGGCCUUUUUGUAGUGGAUAGACAUGUGCCUGCUCAUAACUUCUCGCUGGCCAGUUCGCUUUAUUUAACCUGGUGUUCCUCCAGUCGUGGACGUUCUUGAGCGUUGAUUACAUGCCGACCUAAUGGAAAAAUUGACUUACUGCGUUUCUUCUGUUUUACCGUGUUGCAGUCCCCUGAGCACAGCCAGCUUGUGUUCUUCACAGUGUGCGUGCGCCCCUGGAAUUGGUACAUCAUUGCCUGCAUAUGUGGUUCUGUUACUAUUUGAUACCAAUAGGAGUCUUUGCAUUACAAAACUUCAACUAGGUUUUUAUACCCCAGGUCAUCUAUAAGAUAGGCGUGCGACUUCCUUUAACAUCGGACUUACCGACCACGAGUAUAAUGCGAGUUGGUUUGUCUUAACCGGGAUUUGUUGAUAUCGUAGCUGCGACCACAUUCUACUAUGGUAGUUUGCGAUAACUUUCAUAAAAUUGCGGAUGUAAGAUGAUUACGGAAAAUGUGUAAUUAACCGUUUUCAGAAAUACCUGCUUACGAGAUUCAUCUACGUCCCAGCAUCUGCAGUAUGACAGUUCGAACGUCGCAAAUGAUGGUGUCCGCCGUGUGCCCCCAAAAUGGCGUACGCAGGGAGGGUGAUCGACAAACCUCCCCACUACACUAUCCAAUAUUGACUUCUGAUGGAAUCCUUAAAACUGUACCAGCACUUUGUUUUUUGGUAGAUUAUGUUAGUGAGGUCAGCAUUCUGACAUUAAAGAUACCAAAAACGAUGUUCAAUACCUUCCCUUUGAGGCUAAUAUUCAGAAAAAAUUUUGGAUCUCUUAAUGUCGCCGGCUUGGUCAUUUGUUACUCUUGACGGCCUCGUUCCCCGCGCUUGCAAAGUUAUCUGUUCGUCUGAUUUUGCAGGUCGGAACAGAAUCCCUCAUUGACAAAUCAAAGUCAACCAAAAGUGUCCUGAUGCAACUUUUCGAGGAGUCGGGAAAUUAUGAUGUCGCCGGAAUUGACGUCAAGAGCGCUUGUUACGGAAGCACAGCGGCGCUUUUCAAUGCAAUAAAUUGGCUCGAGUCAACCAGUUGUGACGGUACCCUGUUCUCUAACUGCCAAUUUCUCCCUACUUUGUGUCUUUUUGUUGUACUUAUGCUUGUCUAAGAUAGAUGCGCCAAUUCUUGCAGAUUUACAGAGAGGAUCGAAAUUAGAAGACGAUGCUCAUGUUUGUGCAUUCAUGCCGCUACAGGUUUAAGUCAUAUUCCUGAACUUGGCCAUGUAAUUAAUGCUGUAGAUAGUUUCAUACCACACUGAACGACUGUAAAAGCAAGUCAUUAAACGUCAUCUCGGGCCACUGUCCGAGAUUUGGUUGCAAAUAUACUUUUCCGUCCACUCGACGUUCGCACAUCUUGAGUGCAACGAAAAUCAUAAGCUUGCAAUACUAUUUUCCUCCCCAUCCAGGUCGUCUCGCACUAGUUGUUGCUGCAGAUAUCGCCGUUUACGCCACCAAAAAUACACAGCCAACCGGUGGUGCUGGUGCCGUUGCCCUUCUCCUUGGACGAAACGCACCCCUCGUACUAGACGCAGGUUUGUCCCCAGUUUUUUGCGCUGGCGCUGUCGUUUCUUUUCCAACAAGCUUAUUCUAG